CAUAGCGUCAAAAGCGUGCUCCUCGAAGUAGAGCCCGAAGAAGAGUGAGCGAGAUAGAGCGUGUAGAUUUUACUUUGUCUAUCGAUCACGGGAUAAGAGACGUGCCGGACGUGCGCCGUUUCUGUAAACGGCAUUUUGAACGUAGCUUUAGCGCAGCGUGAUACAACAAUAUACAACAUACAACUUCUUGGCGUCGCCUGAGUUGCUUGGAAUUGCUUAUCUAUAUCCGUUACAAUGGUUGUUUGUCCUCUAACUCACGAAGUUCUUAAUCAUCUGCGUGCAAAGUUUUAUGCCAAUGACCGUAAUGUGUUGGCGCAAAAUGUCUGCACGAAAAUGAAUCCUAUUGAAGCCUGUUCUUCGAGAAAAAUCUUAGAGGAGACUAGUCAUGUUUUCAGUCAUAAGAUCGAGACUGAAGGCAAACCUGUAACUAACCAGAAAAAUUCUGGAAGAUGCUGGUUAUUUGCUAUCUUAAAUGUCAUGAGGACUAGCAUGAUGAAAGAAUAUAAUUUAGAUGAGUUUGAAUUUAGCCAGGCUUACUUAUUUUUCUGGGAUAAAGUAGAACGUUGCAAUUAUUUUUUGCAUAAUAUCGUGAACACUGCAAAACGUGGCGAACCGGUUGAAGGUCGUUUAGUUAAUUUUUUAUUGACUGAUCCGACUUCUGAUGGCGGCCAAUGGGAUAUGAUUGUAAACCUGAUAACUAGAUAUGGUGUUGUACCGAAAACAUGUUUCCCAGAAUCAUACAGUUGCGAAGGCAGCGUUCGCAUGAAUAGUUUGUUGAAGAGUAAAUUAAGAGAGUAUGCUAAAGCUCUGCGAAACAUGAUUGAGAAUGGUGCUUCUGAUGAGGAAUUGAAAACGCGGAUAAGCGAGCAGAUGACGGUGAUUUAUCGAAUAAUCGGCAUUUGUCUGGGUAUACCCUCUGAGAAAAUUACUUGGGAGUACUACGAUAAAUCAAAGAAUUAUGUUUGUGUAGGACCCAUUGCACCAUUGGAGUUUUAUGAGAUUUAUGUGAAACCACAUUAUAACGUGGACGAUAAAAUAUGCUUAGUAACCGAUCCCCGACCAGGUAAUCCUUAUGGGAAACUUUAUACUGUGGAUUGCUUGGGAAACGUUGUAGGUGGAAAAACUACUCGCUACAAUAAUCAACCAGUGGAAUUGCUGAUGAAAUUGUGUGCGGAAAGUAUUAAAAAUAACGAGCCUGUUUGGUUCGGUUGCGAUGUUAACAAAAGAUUAAUAGAUAAACAUGGUAUCCAUGAUUUAAAAACUUAUAACUUUGAACUGAUGUUUGGCACAGACAUUCAUCUUGGACUUUCUAAGGCUGAUAGACUGCUUUAUGGAGAUUCCAUGAUGGUGCAUGCAAUGGCUUUUACAGCUGUUUCAAUAGACGGAGAUGGUAAGAUAAAGAAAUUUCGGAUAGAAAAUUCUUGGGGUGAAGAUCAUGGACAAAAAGGUUAUCAGGUUGUUUCCCCUGAAUGGUUCGGCGAAUUCGUCUUUGAGGCGGUCGUAGACAAAAAAUACGUACCUGAGGACGUGCUUGCUGUAUUCAAUCAGGAACCUAUCGUUUUACCCGCCUGGGAUCCUAUGGGCACACUCGCUCAUUGAUGUUAAAGUAGAUUUAAUUAAAAUGGCAAGCUAUUCUAAUUUACAGAUGAAAGAUUUGAGGCAUAAUAUGAAAAAUGAAAUAUUUAAUAAAAAUUCGAUACAGCGAGUGUACAAAAUAUAGAUAUUUUAUACCUUACAAGAGAAUGUAGUAGUAUUGAUAAGUGGCUUUGUCAUUUAUAUUCAUUUUAAGUCAUUCUUUUUCUAUCUCUUCUUUAUUAUAGUAUAUGAAGGCAAUGUUUAGUUCAAUUAUCAAGACUGAAUGUAUGAGUUACCAUAUUUGAAAUUAUAAAUUAUAAAUGAUCAUUUUUUCUUUACACGUGCAUAAAACUGGAGUUUCUGAUCAUUUGUGUAAUAUUUGCUAAAGUAUAUUAAUUGCAAUGUAUCGCAUAUUUAAUCUUAAUAGGCAAUAAUAUAUCAAUUUUGAAUGGAAUCCAUUAUAAAUACUGAUUUGUUUUUUAAUGCUAUAAACAACAUCAACCUUUCAAAACCAGGAAUAUAUAUUUAAACUGCAAACAAUUUUAUAUAUUAUAUUACAUACUUACAAGUUGAAGAAUUUUCGUUAUCUAAGUAAGUGUAGUAAUGUAUGAUGUAUAGAGGCAUUUGUAUCUCUGUAUAUGUUAAUUUUCAAAUUACAUGCAUAUAUUACAACAUAAAGCAAUAGAAGAAUUAUAAAUAUAUAUGCACGUGUAUGUAUAAAUAGAUAUAUCAAAUUUAUAAUAAAUACUUGCCAAUGAUUGAUGCAAAUGUUCGCACAAUA